AAACUUUACCUUAUCUCUAUUCAUUCUUCACUCUUCGGUAGUUCACUAGUUCAGUUUUCUAAGUACCUUUACCUUUCGCAGCAAGUUCAUUUCUCGCGUUCUCGCAGUAAUCCUCUAUUUUUGAAUUAGUCCAUAGUUACUAGUUACUACUCAAUAGUCAUUAGUCGUUCACUGGUUGUAGUACUACAGUAGAAGUUGCUGUUCAUCAAUGUUUUAAUCCACUACUCAUUGGAUAUUGUGAUCAUAGACACCGAUUGUUCCUAUUCAGGAUCGGACAUUUUCAAUAUACUCUUAUUACCCUAUUUACCGUUGUCUAUUGCAAAUAGAAUCAAGGGAUCUAGACAAAAGCCCCAUUAUCAUGGGAAUCGAUUUAGUUGUUUGUAUUCAAGAUAUAAAAAAAAAACUUAUUUUGAAUGACCAACUAUAUGGAUUUGACAAAGAACAAAAUGAACUCUUACAGAUUAUUAAAAAAACUACUGAUUUUGGAGAAAGUGACUCAGCGAUUAUACUUGGGCCUCGCGGUUGUGGAAAAUCAAUGUUAAUGGAAUCAGUUAUAAAAUCUCUUUCACCUGAAUCACAUAAACUGGUAUUAUUAAACGGUCUUAUUCAUACUGAUGAUAAUUUAGCACUUAAAAGUAUCAUACAACAACUCCAAAUGGAAAAUUUGGAUGGAACUUUUGCUGAAGGAUCUUAUGCUGAUAAUAUAAGUUUUUUAUUGGAGAGCUUCCGUGCAGGAAACAAAACAGCUUCAAAAUCAAUUAUUAUGGUAUUAGAUAAAUUUGAUAUGUUUUGUUCUCAUACUAAUCAAACAUUGUUGUAUAAUUUGUUUGAUUCUGUUCAAUCUCAACAAAAUCCAUUAUGUAUUAUUGGCUUAACAUCACGUAUUGAUGUUAUUGAAUUACUUGAGAAACGAGUCAAAUCUAGGUUUUCCCAUAACAUAAUGAUGUUGAAACCUCCAUCAGAAACUAGUCAAUUGUUAGAAAGAUUUAAACAUUCUCUUACAAUUAGCCAACAUUGUAAAGUAAAGUCUGAUGUUUUGAAAAACUGGAACAAUAAUAUUGAAUCAUUAAUAUCAGAUGCAAGAAUACAAAGUUUGAUUAAGGAUCUAUUGAAAUCAAGCAACAAUAGUACAAAAUUAAAUCUGCUCCUUUUUAUGGCUCUUUCAAAUUUAUCAGAUGACAAAAUAUUGACUGUAGAAAAUUUAUCAAAUAGCUACACUACAUUGUUUAAAAAAGAUAUGAUUCUUGUCAAUUUAUUAGGGCUAUCAGUUCUCGAACUUUGUUUAAUGAUUUCCAUUUGCCAUCACUCAGAAAUCUAUGAUCAAGAACCAUUUAAUUUUGAAAUGAUUUAUGAUCGUUAUUGUAAAUUUGCAUUGCGAAAUUCAACAUUACUUAUAACAAAAAGACAAGUUAUUAUAAAAGCAUUUGAACGAAUAUCAGUAAUGCAAUUAAUACUACCUGUAGCGGUUAUAGAAAAUAAAAAUGUUUUGAGAGAAUAUCGUCUGUACAAGUGUUCAGUCAAUCUGGAUAAAGUAAAGACAGCUUCUAAUAUAUAUUUCAGACUACCUCCUGUUAUAUUACAAUGGAUAGAUAGUAAUAUAAUUUAAAUUAGUGUAUGAUUUUUUAUUGAAAAUGUUUGUAAUAUACUGCUCAAUAUAUAUGUUUUCUACUUAGUAUACAUCAAUAUUAAUUAAUAUUGGAUGAAUAUACAUUAAAAUGUA